AUGAUGGGCAAGGUCAUCUUCUACGAGGACAGGAACUUCCAGGGUCGCUCUUAUGAGUGUAUGGGAGACUGUGGUGACUUCUCCUCCUACAUGAGCCGUUGUCACUCUUGCAGAGUGGAGAGUGGCUGCUGGAUGAUGUACGAUCAGCCCAACUACAUGGGAAGUGGAUAUUUCUUCAGGAGGGGAGAGUAUGCUGAUUACAUGUCUAUGUUUGGAAUGAACAACUGCAUCAGGUCCUGCCGUAUGAUCCCCAUGUACAGGGGAUCCUACAGAAUGAGGAUCUACGAGAGGGAGAACUUUGGAGGUCAGAUGUACGAGAUGAUGGAUGACUGUGAAAACAUCAUGGACCGUUACCGCAUGUCUCACUGCCAGUCCUGCCAUGUGAUGGACGGCCACUGGCUUAUGUAUGAGCAGGCCAACUACAGAGGCAGGAUGUGGUACUUCGGACCUGGAGAGUACAGGAACUUCAGCAACUUUGGUGGCAUGAGGUUCAUGAGCAUGAGGCGUAUCAUGCACUCCUGUGAGGGGCGUAGUAGCUGA